AUGUUUGGACCACUACGAUCGACGACGAUCGACAUAGUAGUGGUGAUCUUCUUCUCGCUGAUCCUCGGCGGGAGAGGGGUCGUCUUUGCCGAUGGAAGCAGCGGUGGCGCCGCUGCCAGGAACGGAUACGCAGGCGGAGGAUUUUGGUGGUCGGGUGGUGAUCCUCCUUCCAAUGUUGGUUUAGCUGUCGCUGUCACCGUCGUGGCCGGUCUCGCCGUGGCUUUCGCCGUCGUCUACUCCCGUAGAGGACGCAUUGGAUCGCCUUGGUCACUGAGGAGAAGAAAGCAUCCUCUUCAGCCUAAACAGUGGAAUGCCUUUUUCACAGAUGAAGGGCAACUCAGUGAUGGAGGUGUCCAAUUUCUCAAGAAACUUCGCAGUGGGGGUGUGGAUCCAAGCAUCAGACCAGAAGUUUGGCUGUUCCUCCUUGGAGUGUAUGACUUAAACAGCACCGAAGAAGAAAGAGAUUCUAUUCGACAGCAAAAACAGAAGGAAUAUGAAAACCUGCGGAGACAGUGCCGAGAGAUUCAUAAGCGCAAUGAAAAUGGCAGUGACUCAAAGCAGACAGCUCAGAGCAGCAUCGCCGAAGACAGUCAGGUUCUUGAUUCCCAUGAUAUUGAACAAGUCAAUAGUUCCACGAGAUCCAUCCAAGUAGAAGACGCAGAGAAGUUGAAUUCCGAAUCGAUUCUUCAGGAUGGGGGCUGUGAAAAGAGUGGCGUCACCUCCGAAGACUCAGACUCAACCAACUCGGAAGAAACCGAGACUUCACCCCUUCUAGAGAAGGAAGAAGGAGAAAGCCAUGAAACCACGGUUAACUUAGACGCAACCAACUCUGAAGAAACUAAGACUUUUCCCAAAGAAGAAGCAGAAAGACACGGUGGUGUCAACCAAGAAAAAGACACUCCGUCGCCAUCAUCAAAGGCAAAAUCUAAGGCAGAAGAGGAAUUCACCACAAUUUGGCAGAGAAUCAUCCGCCUGGAUGCAGUGAGAGCCAAUGGUGAAUGGGUGCCCUACUCACCAUCUCAAGCUGCUGUGUCUGACACAAAAGCCCGGGGAAUAGCCAUACAGGUUGGUCUUAGUGACUACGAGGACUUGGAGCCCUGCCGGAUCUUCCAUGCAGCUCGCCUGGUCGGGAUCCUUGAAGCCUACGCAAUCUAUGACCCAGAAAUAGGUUACUGCCAAGGAAUGAGCGACUUACUUACUCCUUUAAUCGCAGUAAUUGAAGACGACGCGUUUGCAUUCUGGUGCUUUGUCGGAUUCAUGAGCAAAGCAAGACAUAACUUCAGGCUAGACGAGGUUGGAAUCAGGAGACAACUCUCAAUGGUAUCGAAAAUCAUAAAAUACAAAGACAUACGCUUGUACAAGCACUUGGAGAACUUACAAGCAGAAGACUGCUUCUUUGUAUACCGUAUGGUGGUGGUUAUGUUCAGACGAGAACUAACAUUUGAGCAGACGCUUUGCCUCUGGGAAGUAAUGUGGGCGGAUCAAGCAGCCAUAAGAACUGGAAUUGCAAAGGCGACUUGGGGAAGAAUACGGUUACGGGCACCACCGACGGAAGAUUUGUUGCUAUAUGCGAUAGCGGCAAGCGUGUUGCAGAGGAGGAAGACGAUCAUAGAGAAGUACAGUGGGAUGGAUGAGAUAAUGAAGGAAUGUAAUAGCAUGGCUGGUCGUCUUGAUGUUUGGAAACUUCUUGACGAUGCUCAUGACUUGGUUGUCAAUCUUCACGACAAGAUCUGA